AAAAUCCUAGAGAUGCUACCAGAAAACUACUAGAGCUCAUCAAUGAAUUUGUAAGGCUGCAGGAUACAAAAUUAAUACACAGAAACUUCUUGCAUUACUAAACACUAAUAACAAAAUAUCAGAAAGAGAAAUUAAGGAAACAAUCCCAUUAAGCAUCAUAUCAAAACAAAACAAAACAAAACAAAAAACCUUAGGAAUAAGCCUACCUAAGGAGGCAAAGAACCUGCACUCUGAAAACUAUAAGAUGUGGAUGAAAGAAAUCAAAGAUGAUACAACCAGAUGGAAAGACAUAUCAUGUUCUUGGAUUGGAAGAAUCAAUAUUGUCAAACUGCAACUAAACUGAUUUAUCCAAGCCAUUGUAGAUUAACAGUCCACAAAAGAGGUUCCUUAUAAGAAAAACCCCAAAGGACUGCAUAUGAAGAGGUUCUAAUGGAUCACACUGCGUAUGUGGAAAUGAGGAAGGAAACUCGGUAUAAAAAAGCAGACACUUGCUUCACAGGCUCUUCAUGGGCUUAACUAAUGACUGCCUUAAUCCGAAGAUACUGAGCUGAGUAUCCUCGCACACAAAGUCUAUGUCUAUUUGUAACAGCUGACACUGGACAUCAUGAACGCCACAGUGGUGAAGGGUUUCAAUGGGUCUGAGCGGUGCCCCAGGGACAUGCAGACAGCACAGCUGGUGUUCCCAGCCAUCUACACUGCUGUCUUCUUCAUUGGCAUCCUGCUGAACGCUUUGGCCCUAUGGGUGUUCAUUUACAUCCCCAGCUCCUCCACCUUCAUUGUCUACCUCAAAAACACUUUGGUGGCUGACUUGAUAAUGACGCUCACGCUUCCAUUUAAAAUCCUCUCUGACUCACGCCUUGGACCCUGGCAACUCAGAGCCUUUGUGUGUCGUUUCUCUGCUGUCAUCUUUUAUGAGACCAUGUAUGUAGGCAUCAUACUGCUGGGACUCAUCGCCUUUGACAGGUUCCUCAAGAUCAUCAAACCUUUUGGAAAAUUUUUCGUACAAAAACCUGCUUUUGCAAGAGCCAUCUCAAGCCUGGUCUGGCUCGUUUUGUUCCUCAUCUCCCUGCCAAAUAUGAUCUUAAGCAACAAGGAAGCCACACCAUCCUCUGUGAAAAAGUGUGCCUCUUUAAAGGGCCCUCUGGGGCUGAAAUGGCAUGAAGUGGUGAAUUACAUAUGCCAGUUCAUUUUCUGGACUGUUUUUGCCCUAAUGCUUCUGUUUUAUGUGGUGAUUGCAAAAAAGGUAUACAAUUCUUAUAGGAAGGCCAAAAGUAAGGACAGCAAAAACAACAAAAGGCUAGAAGGUAAAGUAUUUGUUGUAGUGGCUGUCUUCUUCGUGUGCUUUGCUCCAUUUCAUUUCGCCAGAGUCCCAUACACUCAGAGUCAAACCAACAGUAAGACCAACUGUCGACUGCAAAAUCAAUUGUUUCUAGCUAAAGAAUCAACUCUACUUUUGGCUGCAACUAAUAUUUGCAUGGACCCCCUAAUAUAUAUAUUCUUAUGUAAAAAAUUCAUAGAAAGGGUACCAUGUAUGAAAGGGAGAAAGAUCACAACAUCCACCCAAGAAAAUCAUACAAGUCAGUCAGACAAUAUAAUCCUAGAGUGAUAACUUUAUAGUGGUUAAUUAUUAUGUAUUGACAAGACUUCAAAAGACAAGUAUGUAAAUCAAAUUUAAGCAAUGAAAGAAAAAUGGAUUAAAACAAAUGCCUUCUUACAUUUCAGUAUCCUGGUAUACAGAAAGGAUUAUAGACAUUUUAAUUCCAUGCAGAUCUACUCAUAAGCAGAAUGAAAUAUCAGUAAGGGAAGGCAGUAGAAAGCAAAUGGCCACUAGAGGUCAUAUGUUCCAGAGCAUUCACAUAUUUUGGAAAAGAUUUAUUAAGGGGAAAUGCAUAUUCCAAAAAACCUCCACUCCCACUCUUUCGCACAUGUAAUUCAAACAACACUAGUGCUUUUGUAUCCCCCUUGCUGAUUUAUUAAAAACUAUAAACCCACCUUGAAAGUCCUUUGGUAAAAACUGAAGCUUGAGGUUGAAAGGGAUGCUCGAUGUAAAGCACCUGGAGUAGGUCAGAAAGUCCUCUGACACCCAGGAGGAAGGAGUUUCUCUUUAUAAUGACAAAGAACCUCUUCCACAGCACGUCACUACACCACGGGAGGCACAAACAACAAUAUGAAGCCGCUUAAGAUAUCUAAAAUAUUGUAACUGAAAUACUCUGCUUACAGCCUAAGUAUGCGCAAUUUCAGGGCAAGAAUACUGUAUUCUCAUUUUUUGGAAUCCUCCCUCUGCCUGGCCAGUUCUCUAAUGGUAGCUAAAUAACUUUACCUACUCAGCGAAGCCUUCCUGGGUCAGCCUCUCUAUGCUCUGUCCUCAUAUCUCGGGUUGAAAACAAUUACUUCCCUCACUCUUUGGCUAUGUUUUAGGGCCCUCGACACAGAUUUCUCUAGCUGUAUUCUUGACUACAUCCCCCCACAGGUGAUUCAGAUUCUUUAAGAAAGACAGUAUGUUCUGAAGACCAAAAAUAUGUUUCCUUGGUAUAUCCCACAAUACUUCCCACAGACAAUGAAUUACAAACUUUUAUUUUUUGGCUUUUUAGGGUCACAUCCGUAGCAUAUGGAGGUUCCCAGGCUAGGGGUCAGAUGGGAGCUGUAGCCGCUGGCCUACACCAUAGCACAGCAAUGUCAGAUCUAGGUCACAUCUGCAACCCACACCAUAGUUCAGGGCAACUCUGGAUCCUUAACCCACUGAGCGAGGCCAGGGAUGGAACCUGCCUCCUCAUGGAUACAAAUCAGAUUCACUUCUGUUGAGCCAUGACGGGAACUCUCAAACAUUUAAAAUAGAAUAUGUCCUACAAUCCAUAACAUUCAUACUGGGAAACUUUUAAAGGAUGGUGACCUACUUGUACUUAUUUACCUUCACAUUUUUUCCUGAAUUGCUUUGUAGUUUAGAAACAAAACAAAACACUAAGUAUUUUGUUUUGGAAUUGGGGAUGAAGAUUUGAAUCCUCUAGAUAAAACAUACAAAGGGGAAGUCAUGCUUCAUAGAUGUGUCACUAGCUCCAACCAUCAGAAUGUGAAGCCCAGGCUUCCUUCCAUGGCCUCUAAGGCUCUGAAGGCCCUGGAACUUGCCUGCCUUUCUGGCCUUUUCUCCUAACUGUUCUUCAUCCUGGCAACUUUACACUCUCCUAGAAGUUUAUAAUUAUCAGAACAUGCCACGCUCCUUUUUGCCCUGUGUCAUUGCACUUGUAAAUUUCCCUCUGACUCACCAAGAAAACUCAUAUCCAUCCAUGAAAGCCUAGGUUGCCAUCACUUGAUUCAUGAAAUCUCAGCUGGCUAAGUUCCCACCACAACCCCAAACCCAGUCACUCCCUCAUCUGUAUGUUAUCACACCUCAACUACUGUACUUCUCAUGCCGCUUUGUAAUUACUGGCUCACACAUGUAACCAACUUUUGAUAAGCCAUGUGUACUUCGGUGGGCAGAGAUUGUGUUUCAUUGUGCAAUAAAUAAGUAUUUGAUAAAAUAUA